AUGCCCGACCUCAACUCUGUCCCGGCCUCACCACACCCUCUCAGUGGCUCACGGCGCUCUUCAUCUCACCAGAUGCCGCCCCCUCCACUUCCAGCGCAAUCUUCCGACUCCUCCUCCCUCAACAUCCUCCCGUCCAACCAGAAUACGGUCAAUCAUCCGCCUUCUAACCCUCCCGUAGGAUCUCCGCCGAUGGCCCCAGCAGUAGCAGCGUCACCUCCAGCCUUUCCCGAGCCAUCUGUCUCCGGCCCAGGCCCGAUUCGACACCCGCGGCCCAUCACCGCGUCCGAUCUUCACAUGCAGUUGGAGAAAGAGCAAGAAGCAGUGGUGAACCGCCUCACGCGAGAGCUCCAACUUCUCCGAACAGCGCAGAACGCCUCCGUAGCAUCCAACGCCUCCUCCACAUCAGCCUCCAACACGACCGAAGCACCCGACACCCACCUCCUCUCCGGCGCCGCCUUUUCCACUCCGGCCGUCCCUUCAAACAGCUCCCGCCGGCACCACCGCACCGCCUCGAACGCCAGCGCCCGAAGCCAGACCGCCGUCGCGGGCUCAGCCGCCGCAUCCACUACAUCCAUCCCCAUCGCCCGGCCCCCGAACCCCGGCCGCCAAGAUAGCGUGGCCUCCCGCCACAGCUUAUCUUCGUCGCCGGCGCCUUCUCAUCAUUACCUGGACCCGACCAGUACCAGUGGUCUCACAUACUUCCAGCAGCAGCGUUUGCCGCAUCAGCAUACCGGUGGCACCUCGGUCGCUGCCACGCCCGGCGGUAGCGAGGCGCAGCUCUCGCCUGGUCUGAUGCCCACGACGUCGCGGUACGAGGAGACGGCGCUACACCGACAGGAACUAGAGAACGCCAAGAAGGAGAAUGAGGUGCUGAAGCAGAGGAUUCGCGACCUGGAGAAGAUGGUCAGGGAGAAGAGCGCCACUGCUGGACGGGAUCGGAGCGAGAGCACGAGCAGCGCUACCGCUGCCACCCCAGUGGCGGAUGCAACCAGUGUCGGCGUCACUACCGGAGGGGCUGGUAUAGCUGGCUCCAGCAGACGUCCUGGAGGCGAGAGGGAGCGAUCCUUGACGGCGAUGAGCAUCGCUAGCAGUGUCGCUGUUGGCGUGCCCGAUGAGGAGGUACAAGUUGGAGAGAGUGCUGCGAGCGCUGGGGUGAAUCCCUGA